AUGAUCAAAUUAGAAGACAAGGCUUCCAAAAUCUUAUGCACUUAACAUCACAAAAGCAUCUAAUUCAUUACACUUAACAAAUCUUCUAAUACUAAGUUACUUUGUUAAAAGUGUACUCAAAAUAAUAAGAUUGCUAUUAACAAAGCCUCAUAAUUACUUAUGGAUAUCAAUUAAGAUCAUCCCUUAAAUUAUCAUAUUAAAGAACUACAAAAAUAAUAUGAAAGUUUAAGAAAGGAAAUUAAAUCUAAAGUUGAUGAGCUGCUUGAUGAAACUGAAGAUUGUCUUAAUAGUCUCAUUAAUCAUAAAUUAAAUGAUAAAUUAAUUCAACAUUAUCUAUAUGAUGAUAAAUUGAAUGAAUAAGAUUUUGAGAAAUUAUAAGAAAUUAUAUCCAAAUACUAUGAUUUUGAAUAAGAUAAUCAAAUUGUUGCUAAAAUUCCAUCUACUGAUAUGCAUAAUAUUUAUUAAGUCUAAUAAAAAUGUUAGAAAAUUGCUUCAAUUGUUAAAGCUUUCUAUAAAUCCUCAUAUCAUUAAAGACUUGGCACUCAACAAAGCUAAGAGAAUUUAUUAAGCUAAAUUCCACCUUCAAUAAAUAAUAAAUCAGAGAAAGUAUCAGAAUCAAGCAGAAAUGAUUAAAACAUAAAUAAAGGUUUAUUUACAAUAAAAGAAGAAAUCACUAUAAAUUCAGUCUGCAAUUGUAUUGCUUUAAAUGGUACUACUACAUUAAUAGUAUGUGGUAUGUAAGGAAAUAAUAAUGAAGAUAAUCUUGUUUUACUUCAAUAAAAUGAAGAAGGUUUUAAAGAAUUUUAAAGUCUUUAAGGUCAUGUUGGAUCAGUAAAUGCUGUGUGCUUUGGUAAAAUUAAUAAUAUAAUAAUAUCAGCAGGAGAGGAUAAAUCUAUUAGAAUUUGGAAUCAAUAUUCAUAAAAUAAAGAACAAGAAAAGAAAUAUUAUAAUUGUAAAUAAAUCAUUAAUGAUGCUCAUAACAUUGAUAUACAUUGUUUAUGCUUAAAUUAAUUAAAUAAUUUAUUAGUUUCUGGUUGUCAAGAAGGAAAUAUAAAAGUAUGGAUUGAUGCAGAAGAUAAAUGGAUUAAUUCCUAGAUUUUAAUUCAUCAUAAUUAAUUGGUUAAAUCAUUAAGCUUUAAUUAUGAUUCUACUUUUUUAGUUUCAGGAAGUGGAGAUUAAAAAAUCUGUGUUUGGAAUUUGAAUGAAGAUUGGGAACAUUUCUAAACUAUUACAGAUCAUACAAGUUUAGUUACAUGUGUCAAUUUUGCAUAAAAUGAAAAUACAUUUGUAAGUUGCUCUGAAGAUCAAACAAUUAAAAUUUGGAAUUUUAAAAAUAAUGAAUCCAAUCCUAAAUUUAUUUUUAUUUAAUAAUUGAAUGGAGGAUAUUAUAUUCGAUCCGCAUAUUUCAAUUAUAAUGCUUUACUUUUAGUUUCUGGAUCUUAUAGUAAUAUAAAAGUUUGGGUUAAAAAUCAUGAAGGAUAAUUCGUAUUGAAUUAAUAAAAAUAUUUUGAUUCACGAUAAGUGUUACUCUCUGAUGAUUCUAAAUCCUUAUUUUCAAUAAAUAGAUUCAGCUUGAAUAUUAGAUUGUUUAGAAUAAAAGAAAAAAAUUAAAAAAAUAAUAUAAAACUCAAAUUUUGA